AUGAACUUCCCCACUCAAUCUAUCAAGACCCGAGCAGUUCUACCAGAAGUCCAAGGUCUGUCAGGCCCCUCAUCUCGCCUGAACCAGUCCAACCAUAUUGCGUCCUACGUCACCCUGAGGAGGGGUCCUGGGGGCUCUGCAGCCAGGGAGAGACCUAAGAGUGCCUUGGAGCUCCUGUCGUCUCCUCCGGACGUCCUGCAGCUGUCGGGCGCUCAGCCUCGGGGCCGCAUGACGGCGGAGGAGCAGCUGGAGCGGAUGAAGCGCCACCAGAAGGCGCUAGUUCGCGAGCGCAAGAGGAACCUGAGCCAGGAGCGCUCCCCCUCCUCCACCGCCCAACGCUCAUCCUCCUCCUCCAGGCUGCCCACCAACACCUCGGACCCCCCGGCCUCCGUACGUUACCCCCCGCGCAGCAGCAGCAGCAGACACAGGGAGCUCCACCUCCACCACCACUGCUGCUACACUCUCCAGCCCCCUGGCACAUAACAACCUAGCUGGGAAUGCUAACACGCUAGCCCUCUCUGCUGCUCUGUGUAACCAAUGGUUGUUAGCACUAACGCGCUAAAGGGCAGGCUGGCUAGCUAGCUUGGUGAAUGCUUUAAGAACAAUGGGAGACAAAUGAGCACACGGGGAUUUGACGGGAAUAUUUGGCUAGUUUCGGGACUGGGACUGUCGCUCCCUUUUUAUUUUUUUAAAAGGUUCAGGGGUUGCCCUACCGCCCCACGGUGGGACCUCACUGACACAAUUCUGAAUGUAAAUCCACUAAGAUAUAAGGAAGGCAUCGCACUGCCUCUGUUUUACUCACCAGAAAGUAGAGAGAAGAGCCCAUGUAUGUACAUCUACAUACCGUGCACACUUUUAUUUAUUUACUGAGGGAUAUUUUCAGUAUACAGUUGUACAGUUAUAUUUUGUAGAGAUUUGGUAUAUAGAGCAUAUAGAAGAGUGGGGGGAAAUAAUCAGGUUGAUGAAAUGAAGGGAAAGGGCGUUGCUAGUGGCACAAAUCAUGAUUACACCUCCCUGCUUUCUUUUCUUCGAAUGAAAUCCAAGUGCCUUGUUUUGCCGAUGAUGUUUUUUGCCUUUGUCCCAAAUGUACCUCCUUAAUCAUCGUUUUUAAUUAACCGUGGUUUGUUUCAAAGCACUUCAGAAUCAUAGAAACGAUGCAAUGUGCUAGCUUUAAGGUUUCUGUGUAAGAGCAGAGUUCAGUUAGGAAGAUGUGCUGGUUUUAACCAAUAGAGGAAUACUUUGACAUUUAAACUAAAUCUAGUUUCAGUAUGGAAUGCUAACAUGCUAACAAUGCUAACAAUGCUAACAAUGCCUGGGUGAAAAGGUGAUAAUCCAAAAUGUCAAAGUCUUCCAUUGAGAUAACACGAGACAUAACAGAUUGUUUUUAUGGCUAACAGUGAUUUCUGCCAGUCAUCCGACUACAUUUCCCAUUAAUCAUUGAGUACAAUUGUCCGUGUAACAGUGAGCAAUACAUAGUCUGUAGCUCUCUGCCAUCUAUUUCCAGUGCAUAUAACCAUAAAGCAUAUUUUAUUUUCUCUACUCCACCAGCAUAAAACAUGUUUACACCAUUUUAUAUUUGAAUUAACCAACUCAUUAAUGCCGCCUUUUCUUCUUGUACAGAUUACAAGGUUAUUUUUUAUCGUUUGACAGUGGUUGGUAUUUACAUUGCUACGAUUAAAGUUGGGAAGAGAAUAAUAUAUAUACUCAUAUGUGAGUACUUUUAAGUGGCCUAUGCUGUGCUGUUUUAUGCAUCAUAAAUAUACAGGACAGGUUGAAGCAACAGGGCUGAAACGCAAUAAGAGAUAAUAAUAAUAAAUAUGAGCAAGGAGUGGACAACUUUACGUGGGAUAUUAGUGUGAACAAGGGGCUGUACAGUGGGGAUAUUUAAAUUAGGAUGAUUAUUUUCCUAAUUUAUGUCAUUAUUUUUGAUAAUUUGGAUACAACAAUUGUGAAAAAUACCUUAUAAUUAACCAGAUAUCCAAUUAAGUUCUUCAAAUGAGUUGUUUUAUGAGAGAAAAGGGACGUUAAUCAAUGCCCAUACGCUCCACUCCUUGUUUUCCCCACAUCUUGAGAGCUUUUCUGCCACAUUGCUUUUAUCCUUCCACAGCUACAUACAAUAUAUCAGAUCAAAGAUUUAAGAAAUAUAGAUCCAGGAGGUUCAGUUGAAGAGUAUAGAAAUAUAAUAGAGACCUUAGAGAAGUGAACUGCUAAUCACCUAAUUCUGUGUUAUCGAGAAGCAACGCACAACUCUUCCCUUUUCUAUCAUGUAGAGAUUUGCACUCGACAAUAAAGAGUUCCUUGCUUCUUGA